AUGAUCAUACUUCGGGACCGAAUUCCACAUUUCAAAUUAACGAAACCCCAGAAACUUUCUGUUGCCGAUAUGAAGAAAAAAGCAUCAUCAUCGUCGACAACAAUGGCGUUUCAAAGAGGCGACAGAGUCGAAAUUUCAAGCAUCGAAGAGGGGUUCGAGGGUUCAUACUACACAGCAAACAUCAUCGCUAGGCUUUCCAAAAAAGAGUACAUUAUCCAGUACAGAACUCUCCUGAAAGAAGACGGUUUCGGGCCCUUGAGAGAGGUGGUCUCCGCCGAUCAAAUCCAGCCGCUUCCUCCACAGAUUCCGGUAACUGGAUUUUCGUUGGGCGACGCUGUUGACGCCUACGAGAAGGAUGGGUGGUGGGCCGGAAAAAUUAGGUUCAUCAAAACUGGAUUAAUGGUGCUUGGAUUUCUUCCAAAAGAUAAGGUACAAGCUCUGCUAAGGGUAAGGAGCUAGCUUAAGCUUCUAAGUUCUAACAAUAAUACUAAGUGUUCAUUUUGUAUAAGCAUAUGUUCACAACUUUUGCAAAUCUUUUGGGUUAUCAUGUAAGUAACUUUGGGACUAAGAAUACUAAAUCAAGUACUCUAAGUAGGGUAUUAUAUGUCUUGUAAUGGAUGCUCCUGGAUGUUUUGUUGUAAAUUUGAUCUUGGCAUCAAUGAAAUAGUUGUUUGCGUAUAUGUAUGAUGACUUGAAAAUUGAAGAACUUUUGUGGUGUG